AUGGAUUACAUCAACCAGGUAGAGGAGCAGAAGGUAGAGAAGAACAUAGAGGAGCAGAAGGCAGAAGAGCAGGCCAAAGUCCAGCAGCCGCCUGUUAGAAACACAAAGCUCCUUAAUGAACGCCUCAGCAAGAAUAACAAGCCAAGUUUCUUUAAGGCAAUUUCCAACUUUCUGCCUACUAUGGAUCCUGAGUCCAUGUCUGAACUACCACAGUGUACAUCUCCAGCUCCCGCAAAACUCACGUGGGGUGAAAUCAUGGACGCUGAGGACAAUGAGAUGGAGAAUGUAGAGCCUUUCUCUUUCUAUGUACAAAAGUUUGUAAAGAAGGUAGAGGAGCAGAAGGUAGAGGAGCAGAAGGCAGAGAAGCAGGCCAGAGUCCAGCAGCUGCCUGUUAGUGACAAAAAGCUCCCUAAUGAACGCCUCUGCAAGAAUAAAAAGACAGUGAAACUACUGUUGAGGAACCUUGACUGCAAUGUGGAUGACAGACAACUACAUGAGGAAUUCCAUCCCUUUGGAACUGUGAUCAGUGCAGAGGUCAAUAUGGAGAAUGGCCAUCCCAAAGGCACUGGCUUUGUCAUUUUUGCAUCUCCUGAUGAAGCCAGAAAUGCCAUCAUGAAGAUGAACGGCAGGGUAUUGGGAAGCAGGCCAGUGUAUGUUAGUGUGGUUCAGAGCAAGGAGGAACAUGGAGGAAGGCACAGAGAGAGGGCAGAGAGUAGCCUGAAAGAACCCUGUCCAAAUCCACACCAGGCUCAAAAGAAUAUUCAGCCACAGAAUGCAUCUCCAGAAUUGAGGAGAACCAACCAACAGGACAGGAACAUAUGCAGAGUGCAAACCACACUGCAGUCCCAGGAUGCACAGAAGAGUAAGGUGUUUAUAAAACAUCUGGACUACAGUGUGGACGACAGGCGCCUGCAUGAAGCGUUCCUGCCAUAUGGAACAGUCAUCAGUGCAAAGGUGACUGUGGAGAAUGGCUGCUCCCGAGGUUUUGGAUUUGUGAGCUUCUCCUCUCCAAAUGAAGCAGAAAAAGCCAUUAAGGAGAUGAAUGGAAGGAUGAUGGGCAGGAAGCCACUGUAUGUGACUCUGGCUAACAACAAUAAGCAGCGCAAGGCUUCCCUCACCCAGACUGAGUGUACAGGAAGCAGUGGUCCAACUGAGCCACACACAAGACCUCACAGAUUCUUGCAGAGGGUCCAUUCACAUCGUCGUCCCUCUGUUGCACCGGCCACCAGAUAAACCUUUUAAACUUUAUACUUCCUUUUAUCAAUAUAUAUAUAUUGAUUUAUAUUAUUAUUAUAAAUUUUGUUAAAUUUUGUGAAACUCAUUUGUUAUUUUUGAAUUUUUAUAUAUUA